AUGCCCAGUAUAUUAAGAACUCUAAAGCAUCGCUUCUAUAGAAUUUUAGAAUUGCUAUCAAUUCUAUCUAGAUCUUUUGUAGAACUAUCAAUAGACUUUAUAAUAGAGUUACUAGAAACGAUAUUUAAAAAUAAAAUCUCACUAUUCUUCCCUGUUUUAAUAACAAUCAAUGCGGUAAAACUUGUUAAAUUAUUUUAUAAUUAUAUAGAAUUACAAUUUAGACUAUCAAAUAGUAUUGUAUCUAAUAGAGAACUAAUCUUUACUAGUAAAUUCUACUAUAUAAAACUUAGGUUAUCAACAGCGUUCUAUCUACAAAUUGAUAAAUAUUAUUUUAAAUAUUUUACCAAUAAAGACGGAAUUCUCCUACUCGGCUAUUCGCCAAAUUUCCAAUUACGUACCGAGGACGGUACUUUUUCGGAGGAGAUCCCGGCAGUACAACACCGCAUUGAAAAAUUAACGAAAAUUCGUGAAAAUUUAGCGGAACACUGGCAAAACGCGAUAGAAUCUUAG